UUCUGUAUUGCCGGAAAUCUAAAUUAGGAUAUAGAGUAUUUAGUUAAUUGGUUCUGGUGAUAUGUUGUCAUCCUGUUUGUUUUUUUAUAUUCUCUUUUAUUAAAUAAUGGUAAUGUUUUUUUUUAUAUUCUGGUGGUGUCAAUGGUGGUAAUGUUUUUUUUUAUAUUCUCUUUUAUUAAAUGAUGUUUACAAAAUUAAAUUAUUUAUUUACUUUUAAGUAUAAACUGUUUACUUUUGGCUUUUGUAGACAGAAGAAAUGGCAGUUGUGUUUCAAAACAUGAAACACCCAAAAGCAAAAGAUGUUAAGGAGUACACUUAUGAAGAGGUAGACUUUGAUUGGAAAGCGGAAAAAAGAACCACAAUGGAUUGUGGUAUCUUUUUGAUGAUGCACUUGUUAUCUUUCAAAGGAGAGAAUUACAGCUGCGAUCUAGGACUGACAAAUACCAAGAAGCUCUAUCGAGCUCUAAUAUGCGUCAAUCUUGCGACAUAUGAUUACAAUCUCAUACGAAAUGAGUUGAUAGCCAAGGUAGAAGAAUUCAAAAUCACUGGAAAAAUGAAAAUUGAAGGGGGAAACAAAAGGACAAGGGAAGAUCCAGAAAAAGGUGAUCAGAGGCAAUCCUUUCCCUUCCUAUCAAGAUUCAUGAAUGCGGCUAGCAAAUGGAUUGUCGAUGAAUGGUCAACACAAUUUCAAAAAAUGUUAGAUUAUAUGGCAAUCGAAGACGAAAAGAAUAUGAGUGAAACAUUAGCAUGGUUUGGAGAGUCCAUUGAAGUAACAAGAGGAGAUUUACAUUCUUUGUUGAAUUUGAAAAAUCCAACAUCUAACCUCGUCACAGCUUGGGCAUUUUAUAUGAAUUACCAUGAUGCUACUAUUGAGAAGGACGCAAAUGAUGCAAAGAGAUUCUAUUUUACUCUGGAUCAUAUGGAAGCACUUGAGGAUUGCAUACAUUUGAAAGGAAAGAAAACCGUGGCACCAUUGUUGAAGAUUUGGGAGGAUUGGGUCGAAGCAGAGCUAGAGUUCAAUGACAUUAAAAAAUGUGAUUGUGUUUUUGUUCCCUUAUUGCUUAAGGAUCACUUCUUUUGUGCUGUGAUAAACUUCAAAAAUGAGACAAUUGAUCAUUUGGAUAGCAUCCUGUACGAAACAAAUGAAGAAUGGGCUGAAAUUUCAGAGUUCAUAAAAGCCAUGGGUGUUAUGUUUGAGUUGGUGUUGUUGCCGAUUGUUACUCAGUUAGGGGUUGUUAGAUUAUAG